UCUCCUUCUCUCCGCUCUUGCUCUUUUUCCCCCUCAUCCAGCGGUGUCUUACAUCAGCUUACUGUGCCUGAAGUGAGAUCUGAAAGAGAGGUUCGGAGUGAAAGAAAAAGCCUUGUUUUUAUCCUCCUAAUUCCACACACAUUACUUGGAAUUAAGAAAUCCUUGGACAAAUGGUUUGAAAACAGCAGCCCAAGCAGAAUGAACGUCCCGUCUCCGCCUGAGAUGAAGCAGCUUUGGAAGAUGCUCUUUCCGCUCCUUAUCCUCCUUUACCUAUCAGGAGCUGUCAAGUCUCAAGUAAAUCCAGGUGUGUGUCGGUCCCCGUUAGGAAUGUCCAGAGGCCAGAUCUUAGAUGAAGAUAUUUCUGCUUCCAGUCAGUGGUCUGACUCCACAGCAGCAAAAUAUGGCAGGCUGGACUGUGAGGAAGGAGAUGGUGCGUGGUGUCCUGAGAUAGCAGGAGAACCUGAGAAUAUGAACGAGUUCCUGCAGAUAGACCUUCGUUCUCUGCACUUCAUCACUCUGGUGGGCACUCAGGGACGUCACGCGGGGGGCAUUGGGAAUGAGUUUGCCCAGACAUACAAGAUCAAAUACAGUCGUGAUGGCAGCCGCUGGAUCUCCUGGCGCAACAGGCAGGGCAAAGAGGUGAUUGAGGGAAACAGGAAUGCCUAUGACAUUGUGCUGAAGGACAUGGAGCCACCCAUCAUUGCACGCUUCGUCCGCUUCAUGCCCGUCAUCGAUCACUCCAUGAACGUUUGUAUGCGUGUGGAACUGUACGGCUGUGAGUGGCUAGAUGGCUUGGUUUCAUAUAAUUCUCCACUUGGCCAGCAGAUGACUCUAAAUGGACAGCAUGUUCAUCUGAAUGAUUCAGUGUAUGAUGGAGCGAUGAGUUACAGUAUGACAGAAGGACUUGGACAGCUGACGGAUGGCAUGUGUGGCCUCGAUGAUUUCACACACAGUCACGUCUACAAUGUAUGGCCUGGUUAUGACUAUGUCGGCUGGAGCAACGAGAGUUUUCCCAAUGGUUAUGUUGAGAUCAUGUUUGAGUUUGACCGCACCCGCAACUUCACCACCAUGAAGGUGCACUGCAACAACAUGUUCUCCCGAAGAGUGAAGACCUUUCAGAAGGUGGUGUGUUACUUUCGCUCGGAGUUGGACUGGGAAGCUACACCCAUAUCAUUCAGCCCCGUGAUGGAUGAUGUCAACCCCAGUGCCCGCUUCGUCACCGUCUCACUCUACAAUCACAUGGCCAGUGCUAUUAAGUGCCAGUACUACUUUUCUGACAUCUGGAUGAUGUUUAGUGAAAUCACCUUCCAGUCAGAUACAGCCAUGUACAACACAACCUUGGCUCCCCCCAAAACCGGUCCUCCCAUCAGCAAUCAGCCAGGGGAUGACCCCACCCACAAAGUAGAUGACAGCAACACCCGGAUCCUGAUUGGCUGCUUGGUUGCCAUCAUCUUCAUCUUAGUGGCCAUUAUUGUUAUUAUACUAUGGAGACAAGUGUGGCAGAAGAUGCUUGAGAAGGUGUCUCGGAGGAUGCUGGACGAUGAACUAACUGCUAGUCUGUCAAUACAGAGUGAGACCUUCACCUAUAACAACAACAACAGCCCCUCUUCAGUGCCCAGCGAGCAAGAGUCCAACUCUACCUAUGAGCGCAUCUUCCCUCUGGGACCUGACUACCAAGAGCCAUCCCGCCUGGUUCGCAAACUGCCAGAGUUUUCCCAAACCUCAGAGGACACCGCUUCAACAAAUACAGCUUCCAAGUCCACUCCAGCCAGUGUACAAGAGGGAGUUCCACAUUACGCUGAGGCAGACAUCGUCAACCUGCAGGGUGUAACUGGGGGCAACACUUACGCAGUGUCCGCCCUCACCAUGGACCUGCUGUCAGGGAAGGAUGUCGCUGUGGAAGAAUUUCCUCGGAAGCUGCUUACCUUUAAAGAAAAGUUGGGAGAAGGGCAGUUUGGAGAGGUGCAUUUGUGUGAAGCAGAAGGCAUGCAGGACUUCAUGGAUGAGGAAUUCUCUUUCGAUGUCAUUGAAAACCAAACAGUGCUUGUGGCUGUUAAAAUGCUUCGAGCGGAUGCAAAUAAAAAUGCUAGGAACGAUUUCUUGAAGGAGAUAAAGAUCAUGUCACGAUUGAAAGACCCCAACAUCAUCAGGCUGCUGGCGGUGUGUAUGAGCUCUGACCCUCUGUGUAUGAUCACAGAGUACAUGGAGAACGGAGACCUUAAUCAGUUCCUGUCUCGCCAUGAGCCUGAGGGCAUGAUUGCUCUCCUCAGCAAUGCUCCCACAGUCAGUUACAGUAACCUACACCACAUGGCCACACAGAUUGCUUCAGGCAUGAAGUAUCUAUCAUCACUCAACUUUGUGCAUCGAGACUUGGCCACACGCAACUGUCUAGUAGGAAAGAACUACACCAUCAAGAUUGCAGACUUCGGGAUGAGUAGGAACCUGUAUAGCGGAGACUACUACCGUAUCCAGGGUAGAGCGGUGCUUCCCAUCCGCUGGAUGUCCUGGGAGAGCAUUCUUCUGGGGAAAUUCACCACAUCCAGUGAUGUGUGGGCUUUUGGCGUAACCCUUUGGGAGAUGCUUACCUUCUGCAAAGAGCAGCCUUACUCACAGCUGUCAGAUGAGCAGGUCAUUGAAAACACAGGAGAGUUCUUUCGGGAUCAAAGGAGACAGAUAUACCUGCCUCAGCCACCAAUGUGUCCUGACCCUGUCUACAAGCUCAUGUUGAGCUGCUGGAACAGGAACACCAAAGAGCGUCCAUCCUUCCAGGAGAUUCAUCACACGUUACUGGAUUGCAAGCCGUAGUGUCCACUUAUGUGCCAACUGUGGCACUUCCAGAGACAUUUCAGUGCGCCCACAGGACUCCAGUCAACUAUACACCGUAACACAUACUUAUAUGUUUCCGUAUAUAAGUUAGAUCAGAAUCUGUCCUUUUUCUGUAGCAAUUUUCACUGUGAGUGUGCAAAGGCAAACUGAUUUAUAUUGUAACUACACCCCCAUAACCAAGUGUCUUCAAUACCUGGGCAGCACUAGGACAAAGAAAAUGUAGCAAUGAAUUUUGGCACCUUUAUCACAGAAUAAUUGGAUUUUACACACUGUGUAUUUUCUCCAAAUAACUCUAACUAUUCUAAAAUAACAAAAGAAUACUUUUGAAUAGGAAGAGGAAAUGCCAAAAAACAAGGUAUCGGCUACUAAUGUGCCUUUUAUUAUUUCCAAUUUAAUGUUGUUUUCAGUAUUUUGAGGCCGAAGACAGCUUGAAUGUAAAUAAGAAUCAUUAAUUGACAUUCAGAUUCACCUUUGGUUUUAUCUUGAUGUCUCUUGACGUUUGUGUAUAUUUUCAUCUCAUUUAUUGAAAAUGCUAAAGUAUUUUAUUAUUUUACUUUUUUCUUUUCUUUGUAGUAAACUGCAAAGACCACUUGCACUCAAGUGGAUUAACAGAAAGCCAAUUUAUCUGGUUGUCACAGAAUUUCAAAUUCAAAAUCAUAAAAAUUCAAUUAAAAUUGUACAUGUAAAAAAUAUAUAUUAGUGUUAUCCUGCAACUAGCUAUAUAUUGUGUUUAUAUUUAAGCAUACUGCAUUAUGUUAGUGUUUUGCUUUUCUUGGUUUAUUGUUUAAAGAAUCUUGUUAGGGUGAUAAUGGUUAUUAUUUAAGUCAAUUUCAUUUUUGCUUUUAUUUUUUCUUUGCUCAAAACAACUUUUGCAUUUCAGCUUAAUGAGCUAUGAAUAGCCAUAAUUCUUUUACAGAAAUGUUGUACAAUAUUUGCAUGAAGUUGGAUGAAAUCAGAUAUAGUUAUGUUACUGAAUGCUAAUUUCACAUUUUCAUUGCAUUUGUCCUAUAUUUUCAUCUAAUCUCAAAUUAGGCCAAAUGGGGUAGUAAGUACAUUUGUUAUUACCAGCUAAUUUUGUUUAUCUGUAAAAAAAAAAAAAAAAAAAAAAAAAAAAAAAAUUAAAUAAGCUUAUUUUAAAGCUGUUUGUCUUACUUUUAUGUUAGAGUAUAUUCUAGGUGGUGCUGGAUUGCUAUAGUGUGGGAUAAAUACUGGAUUUGUAUUGAACAGAUGCACUAUGAUGGUUUAUAGUAAGUUGUGAUAUGUUUUGGCAUGUGAAAAGUGCUACAAAUGGGACACUCUGUUUUGUCUGUUUUGUAAUUAACGUGUAUACAUGUAAAUCAUUUUUGUAAGGUUAUUGUAUAUGACCAUAUUUUUGAAAAUGUGUGCACCUUUUGGGGUUGGUUGAGAUAUCUGCCAGUCUAUAAUAAGUGUUUUGGUUGUGGGUUUGAAAGUCAUUUAUCUUUGUGUAUAGAUUAAUUUUAGGAUUCUUGACAUGACUGAUGAAGUUGCAUUAUAGAUGUGCUUUAAUUCUGAACUGUUUAUGUUUUAUCAGCUGGUUUUUCAACAAGUCUAUUAAAUGUUAUUCCUUUAAACCAUAACCACAUGAAACCGUAAUAGCCCUUUCUGAGGCUUUGAGUUUGUUUACAAAAACAUUCCACUUUAUAAAACAUAUUUGUGAGUAGAGAAAAUUUUUCAUAAUCUCUAUAUUGACAACAUCUUAUCUCAAUGCAUGGAAAAACUGGAUCUUUUUUUUCUUUUAUUCAUAGCAAAAUUUCCUUUAGGUGAUGCUUAUUCCUUCUAAUCUAUCUUUUGUACUGUAUUUUUUAUUAGCAGUCCUCUAACAAUUUUUCUCUAACAACUUAUUGUAUAUGUUAGGAAACUGUACAUAAGAUAAUAAAUUGAUGAACCUUUAAACUUGUUGUGUAGACAUGUUAUAAUUAUAAAAGCACGGAUUUCAUACAUUUACAGUAAUAAAACGUGUAUUUGUGAAUUUGACAUUUGUGUACAGCCUAGAGUGUAUCAAGACAUUCAUUUUAACAUUGUGUGUACUCAAAUAUGUGACCAUGGACCACAAAACCAGUCAUUAGGGUCAAUUUUCUUUUCUUAAUAUUCUAAUGAUUUUUGGCAUAAAAGAAAAAUCUAUUAUUUUGACCCAUACAACGUAUUUUUUGCUAUCGCUACAAAUAUGCCUGUGCUACUUAUGACUGUUUUUGUGCUCCAGGGUCACAUUAGCUUUUUAAAUGCUUCAUUUCGUGCAUUGGUUACCUGUCAAAUAAAUCUGAUUGCAACAUUCA